ACAUGAUCCAGGGCAGGAAAAAAGGCAACAGAACGAUCACUCUAUGUCCCCGUUGAUUUGAAAAUAACAUACGUGAAAACAUUUUUAACACCUUUUUGAGGGCUGGCGUUGCAGCCCAGUCUUUGCGUGUAAGCAAACCUUGAGCCACUGCAAGCGGAAGUACUAUGUAAGAGUUGGUCUGCUGACAGUAGAGGGAGAGAGAGAGAGAAAGAGAAAUGGCGCCUUGGUACUCCAGUAACUGAGGCAGUGUAACAAACAGAAAGACAAAAUCAGCCAGGGCCGAGAAGAGGCGGAAUCAUGGUGAACACCCGCAAGAGCUCCCAGCCUGAACUCCGCAGCCACUACAUCUCAUCCAGGACAAGAUCAUCGGUCAAGAACAACCCCAGCACGGAAGAUCACCACCAUAAAGACCAAGGCAGCGAUGUCAAGUCCAGUAGUGCCCGUUUGUCCCCACCGGCUAAACGCACUCGCAAGCACACGGACCCCGUGUCCAGCGACACUUCCCCUCCUCCGAGGGCCAAAGGUCAGAGAGUGCAGUGGAACAUGCACAAGCAGCAGUCCAGGUUAUCCAGUGGCUCUGGAACAUCUCUGCAAAAUGGACACAGCAGCUUGUCUCGUAUGAACCGGGGAGAGGACAGUGGGGAUGGAGACCACUCCCACAUGAAUGGCCAUGUGGAGGUUAGGAGAAGCUGCCGGUCAAAGAACAACCGAUUCGAUCAUCUCAAUCAGAGCAUGCUGUUCGACCAGCUCGUCAACAGCACGGCGGAAGCCGUCCUCCAGGAGAUGGACAACAUCAGUAACAUCAGGCAGAGCCGAGAGGUGGAGAGGCUGCGGAUGUGGACAGACACUGAGCUUGAGAACAUGGACAUGUACUCUCGAGUGAAGAGGAGGAGGAAGUCCCUGCGGAGGAACACCUUCGGCAUUCAGGCGCACCGUGAAGUCUUGAGCGAGGCUGAGGGGGAGGAGGAAGGCACGGAAGAGUCUCAGGAGGAGGAGGAAGAUGAUGAGGAUGACGAAGGAGAUGAAGCGGAAGAAGCAGGAGAAGAGAAUGACCGCCCCUACAAUCUGAGGCAGCGCAAGACCGUACAGCGAUACCAGGCGCCGCCCAUAGAGCCAGCAAGGAAACAGAGGCAGAGCACGUUGUUUGACACUCACAGAUCUCCAGCAAGACGAAGCCAUAUGAGGGUGAAGAAGCAUGCCAUUCAUAGCAGUGACACAACGUCCUCGUCUGACGAGGAGCGGUUCGAGCGACGGAAGAACAAAAGCAUGACGAGAGCUCGCAACAGGUGUUUGCCCAUGAACUUGCGUCACGAAGACCUAGCCAGUGGGAUUUUGCGCGAUCGUGUAAAAGUUGGUGCUAGUUUAGCAGAUGUGGACCCCAUGAACUUGGACACCUCUGUUCGGUUUGACAGUGUUGGAGGCCUCAGUCAUCAUAUUCAGGCAUUGAAGGAGAUGGUGGUUUUCCCUCUGUUGUAUCCUGAGGUCUUUGAAAAGUUUAAAAUUCAACCCCCAAGAGGCUGUCUGUUCUACGGUCCUCCUGGCACAGGGAAGACCCUGGUGGCUCGAGCCCUCGCCAACGAAUGCAGCCAGGGUGACCGCAAGGUGUCCUUCUUCAUGAGGAAAGGGGCUGACUGUCUCAGCAAAUGGGUUGGGGAGUCUGAACGGCAGCUCAGGCUUCUCUUCGAUCAGGCAUACUUGAUGAGGCCGUCCAUCAUCUUCUUUGAUGAAAUUGAUGGGUUGGCUCCUGUUCGCUCCAGCAGACAAGAUCAGAUUCACAGCUCCAUCGUCUCCACGCUGCUGGCUCUGAUGGAUGGACUGGACAACAGGGGAGAAAUAGCUGUCAUUGGUGCUACAAACAGACUUGAUUCUAUUGACCCUGCACUCAGGAGACCUGGCCGCUUCGACAGGGAGUUUCUUUUCAACUUGCCUGAUAAAAAGGCUCGAAAGCACAUUUUAAAGAUUCACACCAGAGACUGGAAUCCCAAGUUAAAUGACUCUUUUGUGGAAGAACUGGCUGAGAAAUGUGUCGGCUACUGCGGUGCCGACAUCAAAGCACUUUGCACUGAGACUGCCUUAGUGGCCUUGCGCCGGCGAUACCCUCAGAUCUACGCCAGCAGCCAGAAGUUCAAGCUGGACGUGUCGUCCAUCGUUCUCAGCCCCCAGGACUUUUACUAUGCCAUGAGGAACAUUGUGCCUGCCUCUCAGCGAAGCCUGAUGUCGCCCGGCCAUGCGCUGUCCGCCGUCAUCAGGCCGCUGCUGGAGAACACCUUCGCUGAAGUCCUGGCUGGCCUGCACAGGGUCUUUCCCCAUGCAGAGCUCUCGCAGUGCGACAAGAGAGAGGAUCUUGUUAGUGAACUGUUGGACGAUGACUUAGACAGCGAUGAUGACAACGAUGGUGCUCCAUCUAUUUUUGAUAACCCCUCGCAUUCAGGAUCUCCAAAGAAACAGCCAUCGGCAAAUAAACCUUUCCUUCAUUUUACAAUGUCUGCUUAUCACCAGCCAACCUCUUACCGCCCACGGCUUCUGCUUGCCGGCGACAGGGGCUCAGGUCAGAGCACACACCUGGCUCCAGCCGCCCUGCACAGCCUGGAGAAGUUCUCCGUGCACAGACUAGACCUGCCCACACUGUAUUCCGUCAGUGCCAAAACCCCCGAAGAGUCCUGCGCUCAGGUGUUCCGUGAAGCGCGGAGGACGGUGCCCAGCGUGGUGUACAUGCCCCACGUUAGCGACUGGUGGGAGGCCAUCAACGACACGGUGCGGACCACCUUCCUCACCCUCCUGCAGGAUGUCCCCUCCUUCUGUCCCGUCCUCGUCCUGGCUACCUCGGAAACCCCCUAUGCGGCGCUCCCGGAGGAGGUGAAAUGCAUCUUCAGGAACAGCUAUGGAGAAGUUCUAAAUCUGAAGAGGCCCAGUGAGGAGGACAGAAGAAAGUUCUUCCAAGACUUGAUUCUCGUUCAGGCAGCGAGACCUCCUGCACACAGGAAAAAAGCAGCUCUGCAGGCGCUGGAGGAGCUGGUGCCCGCCGAGCCCCAGCCGCCUCGCCAGCUGUCCCAGGAGGAGCAGAAGAGGCUGGAGGACCAGGAGGAGAACACGCUGCGGGAGCUGCGGCUCUUUCUCAGGGACGUCACCAAGCGAUUAGCCACUGACAAGCGCUUCAGCAUCUUCAGCAAGCCUGUGGACAUCGAGGAGGUGUCAGAUUACCUUGAAGUUAUCAGACAGCCAAUGGACUUGUCAACGAUAAUGACCAAAAUCGACACCUACAAAUACCUUACUGUGAAGGACUUUCUGGCUGAUGUUGACCUAAUUUGUAGCAACGCUCUAGAAUAUAAUCCAGACAAAGAUCCUGGAGAUAAAAUAAUCCGGCACAGAGCCUGUACCCUGAAGGACACAGCACAUGCAAUGUUUGCAGCUGAACUCGAUCCAGAAUUUAAUCGAAUGUGUGAAGAAAUCAAGGAAUCCAGGAGGAAGAGGGGCUUUCAGACGACAGCACAACAAACGAAUCCUCCCAGUGCUGCAGCCAAGAGGCCUGGCAUUGGCGCGGAAGAGGCAGCUCGGAGCGCACAAGGAAGCGCAGCAGAAGGCCUGUCAACCAAGUGCAAUAAUCACAUCAAGCGCAAGACGAGGAGGAGGCCCCCCUGGGGUCGGGGCAUCAUCCGUAAGAAGAAGAGCUACCUGAAGAAGGAGGGGGAGGAGGGAGGAGGGGAGCCCGGCGGAGAGGACAGCGAGCCCGCUGACUGCGGGGAGCUGGACGCCAGCACGGAGGGCCCCGAAGAUGCAGUCGGGGAGGAGCCGCCCGACACCUCUCUGACCCACGACGAGUCGUCCUGUGAUGCCAUGGAGCUGCCAGCAGAGAACGGGGAGGAUGGGCAUGAGAACGGGCACCUGGUCUCCACUGAAGAAGAGAGCUCCAAUGAGCCCCCGGUGCCCAGUGUGCCCGGACCAGACAACCGGCCUAAGCAAGACGAAUCCAGCGGGAAGCUCUCCGAACCCGGGCUCAAGCCCACCCCCGUGAAACAGCAGGAUUGCAUGAAUGGCGACGAGUCUUUGGACAGUCUGGAUAGCGAGACCUUAUCUGAAGAUAAGGUGAUCGCUGUUGAAGCCAGAGCCUCUGCAGCCCCUGCUCUCCCAGAUGAUACCUCCCAGACUGUAGAGACCGUGGAAGGAGAGAAGAAGAAGAGUGCUUUUUGUGAAAAGCAAGAAGAGGCGAAAGUGGGCAGUUCUUUGAGCGGUGUGCCACAGGAGACCACCUCUGACCUUAAAGAGGGGGACCAUGAAAAUGAAGGCACGACCAAGAUGAAGAAGUGCAAAAAAACACUUUCAGAGCAGCUGAAAGCAAUAAAUGUGGAGAAGCAGCCCGAGGAUCCAAUAGAACCUACCCCUCCACUUGUUGUAGAUCAUGAGCGAUUAUCGGGUCUCUUGGAGCUGGUAACCAAGAAGAGUGAAAACUACACUGUGGAUCAGCUGGAGAGGCUGUACUCUCUGCUGAGUCAGUGCAUCUAUCUGCACCGCAGAGACUAUGAUAAGACUCAUCUUACAGAGGAAAUGGAGAGGACAGUAAAAAACUUUGAAACAUUCCUGUGAUGGAGCGAAGCAGGUUGAUCCUGAUAAGACUGUCGUGAGGGAGACCAGCCUUCUGAGCCAUUUCUUCAGAGCCAAGCCCAUCUGGAGCCUUGGUCUUAAAGGAAAAAAAAAACUCACUUUUUAUUGAUGGCGACUUUGGUGCUAUUGUCUCAGGUACCUGGACACAACCAGCCUACAGAACCAAACAGACUCAUUCAAAGGUUAUUUUGCGUCAGUGAUAUACAUAUGCCAAUGCUGUUGAUGACCCUGGUGCUAUCAUAUUUCCAUUUGCUGCUCCUGGUUUCCAUAAAAUAUUUUUAGUGAAAUUAGUACCAACUUUUCCAGCAGUGAGUGCAAAACUCUCUAUUAAGCAUAGAGGAUUCUGGGUGUAGCGGGGGAGGGAAGCAGCCUCACUUCUCUCAAGCAAACUGUAUCACCUUUUGCAAGCCUUUGACUGCAGGGGCGCCACCUGUCCUACCAUACUCGUGUGUUAUUUGAUCAAUUGGAAUUUCUAGGAAGGUCCAUCUGCCUUCCCCAGAUAUAUCUGCCAAAAAUGUCAAUUUCUUUUAUUAUGUGAAAUAAGGAAUUUUCUUAUUGUAUGAAGAUAAUGAUCUGGGUGUUGUCUUGUCUCUCUCUCUCUCUAUAUAUAUAUUUAUAUGUGACGCAGGCAGAUGCGGGCUCAGGCGAUCAUUUCCAAAAUAUUGAAAACAUGAUACAAAUGUUGAUGGGUUUUUUUUAAUCAGGAGGGUUUUUGAGCCUCGCUGUUUUUAAAACUACCGAGGGCUGAAGCUGUAAUGAACUAGAUGAAAUGGAAGUGUGCAGCUGUAGAAAGAGCAAGUGCAUUAAACAAGCCUUUGGGGGGUUUUGUCCCGACUUACUGUAAUCGGAGCCGAGAAUCGGCUGAAAAAAGGAGGCACAGUUUGCUUUCAUGUUCAUGAAAUUUAUAGAGAUAGCAACUGAAACUCUCCACUUAGUUAUUACUGCCAUUAUACAUGCAUUGUGUAUUUUAAAAAGGAAAAAAAAAGGAUUUGUGCUCAAUGGUAUGUUUUAUUGCAACACCUAGCUGGAACAACUGGAUGCAGUUCAGGUAGACAGUGUCUUGUGUGGUUUGCACUGCCUAGCAUGUGCCUUAAUUCACAAUUUGAAACAAGAAAACCCUUAACAAUACAAAAUUCUAUUAGCACGCUUCUAGUGCUUGUAUAAAAAAUGACCAGCUAUUGAGUCUUCUACUUUGAUAGAACACUUUGGACUGUAUAUAUAAAGUUUGUAUCCUGUUUCAAGUCACUUGCCAUUUCUGAAUGUGUUUGCUGCCAUUGUCCCAUUACUGGAUCGAGGUAAGGUUUGACUAAUUUGGCUUUGAAACGUUCUCGAUUCUCCAUAUUUGCAUUAUUUGAAAUCUGUGCCAAUAGAGUAAAUAGUUAGUCAGAAAACAAACAUUUUUCAUUUCUUUAAAAAUUGACUCAAAUCUCGACUCAAACAUAAACAGACACAAUUUAGCAUAAAUGUAUAAAUGUCGGUAAAAGUUCAGUGAAACUGUAAAUCCCACAUCCUUGAUUCGUUACAGUAAGCUUGACAAAUCCAGACAAAAAUCAUUUUGAGAUUUUAGUGCGUCCGAUACUGAGGUGGUGGUAGUUUUUAAAAUUUGCAAAACCCCUAGGUGGUUUUCUGUGAAGAGAUACAUGUGUUGUAACAAUUGGACGAGAAAAACAUUGCAAAUUAACUUGAUAUGUACAGUCCCGCAGUCUUAAAUUCGAAACCUGUUUUUUAUCCCGUAUGUUUCCAUGUUCUGAUAUCUUUUCAGACAACUUUAGAGGAGAAUUCUGUGUGUUUCUCCAUUGGCAAAGUUCAGCUUCCACCUCUGUGGAACAGCGUUAUGGGUGUGCAGCCCUGCCUUUUCUCAAGUGUACAGAUAUUACAAGUAGGACUAAUUACAGAAGUUUUCUGGAAAGACUUUGUUGCUAUGUAGUGUAUGUAAUAUAUUAAUAAUGCUUUUUGUUGGGUUUUGUUUUUCUAUGUUUUUAAAAACAUUUUUACACUACUAAAAAUAUGUUCCUGUGUUUUUCAGCACGUUUUUCCCAUUGAACAGAACAAGGCCAUCCUAGGCAGUGAUGAUCCAUGUUAGGCUAUAGAGCAUUAUGGUGUUUAUUUAAUUUAUUUUUGCUGCUUUUUUUCGUCAAGCCAGGUAUUUUAGCCUCAGAUUUCAGAAUGCUUCAUCAGUUCUAUAUUUUCCAGGGCCAGUUUCACCAUCUCAGUUCACUACACCCUCCAUGCAGUGUCAGGUGCAGCCUUCAAAGAUAUGCAAGAUAACAUUUUGAGGAAUUUAUAUUGGACUACUGCAGAGAAAAAACACAGCUACCUCAGCUUUCUUUUUUGUUAAAACCCAGCUGUUUACUGGUUACCAACAGUAUUUUAAGUACUGUAAUACGUGUACAGUUUACAUACCACAAGCUAAGGUACUGGAUCAGUUAAUUUACAAAAUGAGACAAUUUCUGUUGCUACUGCAGUUAUCCAAAGUGCUUCAUAUUUUUUUUUGUAUUUGAGCCAAAAAGGAAAAAAAAAAUCCAGCUUCUUUAAUGUAAGGAUAUUUACUGUAUGGAUCAAUAUUUAAAUUAGAAGUAUUGCUCUUUUGUCUAUCCCUUUCAGUACAUCAUACUACAAGCAGGCCCAAUGCAGAGCACUGUACUUUCUCGUUUGUCUUACGCUGGGUGUAGGUGGACUCUCACCGCUUUUCGUGUGGUUUUGUUUUUCUAAUUAUUUAUUAACAUUAUUUCUAUGACAAGGUGUUUUUACAGUCUAAUAUUCAUUAACCUAACCUUUUGUACGUAAAAGAAAUUGGGGAAUUGUUACAAACAGGAAAUUUGUGCUGAAUGCGAUGUAGCAACAUUUUUGUAGCAAGUUUCUGGAAAAAAGGGUUUUUUACAGUUCUCAGGUUCUUGCUGCAUUAUUAAUCUUAAAUAUAUAUUUAUUCCAUUUGUAAAGUUGAUUUUUGCUUUUUCUUGGUUUACAGUAUAGGUGGUAAAUGACUUUGGUAUACUUAGUGGUGCCUGAAUAAAUGGGCUACACAACUUUCAUUUUAAACAUGAUUGUGAGAAACGGUCUAAUCAUUUUGCAUUGUGUAACUUUGAAAUGCUGCUGAGAUGCUGACCACUGUUUUAAGCUCUAUGACAUUAUUUUGCCCUGUGGAAGUGUUAUCGCAAACGCCCAUUUUCUGUUGCUGGAGAACAAUGGUCGCCAAUAAUCUGUUGUUUUUUUUCAGACCAGCUCCAGAACCAUCUAUUCAUUUUGCUACUUCACCACCGCAAAACACUGCCCUGUGCAUUUUGUCAUCUCAAGGGUAGACCCCCCCCACCGUACUCCGAACCCAAACAUGUUCCUAGUUCUGAUGAUAGUCAGCUCAGUAGAAGGGGGAAGAUGAAAGCCUUGAAUCCGGAGUCUUAAGUGUAAAAUGUGCACUUUCAGAGUUGACGGAUCUUUUUUUGGCCCUUGGUUUAACUGUCUUGUACCUGGUGCUUUAGUGUUGCCCACAGAUUAUGGAGCUAGAAGGCAAUCAUUUGGUGUAUGGAAAUGAAAGAGAUUAGGUGCGGUGAAUACAUAUACUGUACCUUUUGAUUGCCAGGGUUCUCCUCUCUGAUUUAGGCUUUCACCAGUAAUAAGAGGUUUUUGCCUUAAAACAUUCAGUAGUUCACUGUUGACUUGCUGAGUUUCUUCCUCCGAAGCACAGGAGACAAUUUCUGUGGCAGAGCAGUUUUCUUGGCGUAGUGUCUAAUAGAUGCUGGGUGCUUCAUGGAGUCAGUUUUCUUGAUUUAACCCCAUUGUGCUCAUAAAAACAUCUUAGGUUUUUCUAGCUGCCAAUAUAAUUCUUUUAUCGUAUUAUUUUGUAGCCCCCCUGAUUUUUUUUCUUCCUUUUGAGGACUUGUGUUUUACCAGGGACUUGAAUGCCUGGUUGAAACUGUUCCGCAUAAUCGCAAUGUACUCAUGAAUUGUAUAUGAUUUUUUUUUUCCACUAGUCACAACAUUUGCUGGUAUCAAAUAAUAAAAUUGUUUCUUAGAUAA